AGCCGAGCAUCCUCACGCAUACCCCACCGUCUCCCCAAAAUAAAGAACCCCCGAAUCGUCGCGUGCACGUCAAAGGGUUCGGCUUCGUCCUCACUUCGAGUUCUCCUCUCUCCUCCCUCGGCGAAACCCUAGCCUUCCGCUCCGCCCGGCCGACACUCGCCCACCGGGAGCUACGGAUUUGUCUCGCGAGUUCGCUCUGCGCGAUCUUUCUUCUUUCUAGGGUUUUCGCCCUUGCUUUCUCCGAGUUAAACGGGUAUUUUUCCACCGUUCUACAAGUUGAUACAGGAGAUUUGUUUUAAUGGAUAAAGAUUCAAGUGCCGCAGCAGAAUCGGCUCUUUCUUGUUCUCGUUGUGGCAAACCCGCUUAUCUUCAAUGCCCCAAAUGUGCAGAGCUAAAGCUACCUCGAGAAGGUGCUGCAUUCUGCACGCAGGAUUGCUUUAAAGCUUCUUGGAGCUCUCACAAGUCAGUGCACCUCAAAUCAAAGUUAGCAAAUGUUCAAUCUGAACAAACUCAAGAUGGUUGGCUAUAUUGCUUGAGGAAGGGCCAGACUCGAACAUCUGAACUUCCCUAUUUUGAUUGGACGGGAGCAUUAAGGCCAUACCCAAUAUCCCAGCGGCGUUUGGUACCGGAGGGACUUGAGAAACCUGAUUGGGCUGUUGAUGGUAUCCCAAAGAUUGAGCCUAACAGUGACUUGCAGAAUAUUGUGGAGAUCAAGACACCAGAGCAAAUCGAGCGAAUGAGAGAAACAUGCCGAAUUGCUAGGGAGGUUUUGGAUGCAGCUGCUCGUGUCAUCCGACCAGGAAUUACGACGGAUGAAAUUGAUGAAGUGGUUCAUCAGGCAACAAUUGCUGCUGGUGGAUACCCAUCUCCAUUAAACUAUCAUUUUUUUCCGAAGUCUUGCUGCACGUCUGUCAAUGAAGUCAUCUGCCAUGGAAUCCCAGAUGCAAGGAAACUUGUAGAUGGUGACAUUGUUAAUGUUGAUGUCACUGUAUAUUAUAAAGGUGUCCAUGGUGAUCUAAAUGAAACUUUUUUUGUUGGGGAGGUGGAUGAAGCUUCCCAGCAGCUUGUUCGUUGCACAUAUGAGUGCUUGGAGAAAGCUAUUUCUAUAGUUAAACCUGGGGUUCGAUUCCGUGAGGUUGGUGAAGUUAUUAAUCGUCAUGCAACAAUGUCAGGGCUUUCUGUGGUGAAAUCAUAUUGUGGGCAUGGUAUUGGCGAGUUGUUUCACUGCGCCCCAAAUAUUCCUCAUUAUGGAAGAAAUAAAGCAGUCGGUAUAAUGAAGGCUGGACAGACUUUUACUAUAGAACCAAUGAUAAAUGCAGGAGUAUGGCGUGAUCGUCUAUGGCCAGAUGGAUGGACUGCGGUUACUGCAGAUGGUAAACGUAGUGCUCAAUUUGAGCACACACUUUUGGUAACAGAGACGGGGGUGGAAGUUUUAACAGCACGGUUGCCCUCAUCACCCAAGGUCUUUCCUUGGUUAAACUUUUAAUUAUGUUCGUUUUGUUCUGCAUUCAGCAGCUUUUCCUGGCAUCAGUCAAGAAAUUUGUUCAAUUUAGUGAAUUAUGCUGAAUUUAUACAAUUGUAUCAAAUGACAAAUAUGUGCCCCUUUACAAAUUUAACGUUUGUAUCAUUUUUGUGCUGAAACAUCUAUUACACCA